UUGCAUUGGUUAGCUAGCUAGCUAGGUCUACCAUACGUCCAUACCACCUCUCUAGCUGCUGGGCGCUGCUGCUGCUAGCUUAUUCUUCUUCCAUCACACACAUCUCUCUUCAUUCUUCUUCCCUGCUGGUACUUACUGGUAGCACCUAUCUAUUUGUAGGAGCCGAGAGCCAGAAUCCAUCCAAUUCCUCUCCAUCAUAUCGACCUAGUUGCGCGCACGUACAUAUACGAUCUAUCUCAUCUCAUCUCAUCUCAUCUCAUCUCAUCUCCCAUCGAUCGAUCCAGUUGCAGAUCGAAAUGGAUCAUCAUCAGCAGCAGCAGCCUGCGCCAUGCGUGCCCCCAGGGUUCAGGUUCCACCCCACGGAGGAGGAGCUGGUGGGGUACUACCUCGCCCGCAAGGUGGCCGCCCAGAAGAUCGACCUCGACAUCAUCAGGGAGGUGGAUCUCUACAGGAUCGAGCCAUGGGAUCUCCAAGAGAGGUGCAGCUACUACGGCGGCGCCGGCGGCCAGGACGAAGAGCCCGCCGAGUACUACUUCUUCAGCUACAAGGACCGCAAGUACCCCAGCGGCACCCGCACCAACCGCGCCACCGCCGCCGGCUUCUGGAAGGCCACCGGCAGGGACAAGCCCGUGCUUAGCUCCUCCUCCUCCAGGUCGUCAUCCCUCGGCGGCGUCGGCGUCAUAGGCAUGAGGAAGACGCUCGUCUUCUACCGCGGCCGCGCGCCCAACGGCAGGAAGACCGACUGGAUCAUCCACGAGUACCGCCUCCAGAACAAUGAGCACGCGCCGGCGCAGGAGGAAGGAUGGGUCGUCUGCCGCGCCUUCCAGAAGCCCAUGCCCAACCAGCAGCAGAGGCACGCCUGCUACGCCGCCGCCGCCGCCGCCGGAUAUCCGGCCGGCGGAUACCCCAGCUACUACUACAUGAGCGGUGCCGGCGCUGCAGCUCCGGCGCUGCUUCAUCACGACCACAACAACAGCUUGGCAGCGGAGUCCAAGCUGCAGGUGCAGCUCCUCGCCGACAUGCCGCCGCUCCAGAGCCCAGCCAUCGACGCCGCCGCCCACAGCUACGACCAACAAUCUGCGGUGGAGUCGUCGGCGGUCGACUGGAACCUGCUCAGCAGCCUGCUGCCGUCGGCGCAGCUCAACUUCCACCAGCAGCCGGCUUCUCCUCCUUCUUGCUCCAAGAACAACAACAACGACCUGUGAUCCGUCACCAUUAUUACAUUCACGACUGAUUAUACAAACGUGUAUUGACGACGAGUAGCUAUAUAUUUUGUAGGGUGUAUUCAUCAUUAUAUUUCACUGAGAGAGAUCUGGAACUGAUUCAUCAGCUACCACCACUUACCACUAGCUAGUUGUCAUGCAUAUACUGAAUUCCUGAUCCAUUUGUUCCUGCUACAUAUAUGCAACUGUAUUAUUGAUCACAACACAACAUCAUUUCAUUGCCUAUAAACUAUAUGUAUGGAUGGUUUAAUUUUCUCU